AUGGCGACUGAAAUUCCAGACCACUUGAUUGAGAAGUACGCCGCGGAGCGGACAAAGCGACUUCGCUCCGACCAACUUGCGCAGUUCAUCGAUUUUCGGGACCCAGCACUCGCCAGCAUGGAUAAAGACCCCUACGUCGACUAUGACGCUCUAGCUUCCAGAGGCGUCCCGCUCAAGGAUGGGUCCGAGGUCAAGGUCCUGAUUGCUGGUGGAGGAAUGUUUGGGGUGAUGACAGCUCACCAGCUGGUGAAUAAAGCUGGCAUUGCCAGCAGCGACAUCGUCAUCGUCGAUAGGGCUGGUGGCUUUGGCGGUACCUGGUACUGGAAUAGUUCAUACGGUCAUGAGAUUCGGGAGCAUCUGGAACGGAUAGCCAACCUGUCGAACAUCCAAGGCCAGUUCUGCACCACUAUCAAGCACCAAAAGUGGGACGACGAGGCAAAGCGUUGGGUUGUGACUCUAGAUCAGUAUCUGGGACCUAACCAUGGGCGACAACAACUGACUGUUCGUGCUCAAUUCCUGGUUCUUGGUGGUGGAAUACAAACCUCUCCUCAUGCCCCAAAAUUGAAUGGCAUCGAUACGUUCAGUUCAGCGCCCGGUAAGGUUGUCAUGCACACAGGACGCUGGGAUUGGUCCAAAACUGGCGGCUCCCAGGAAGUGCCAAACAUGACAAAACUUCAAGGGAAGAGGGUUGGGAUCAUUGGCACCGGAGCCACUGCAGUUCAAGUUAUACCUCAUGUGGCCAAGUGGGCGGACCAUACCUACGUCUUCCAACGUACUCCGUCUUACGUUGGUCCUCAAAAUCAGAAAGAGACAACCCCUACGGACUGGGCCCGGGUAGCGUACAAGCCUGGAUGGCAACACGAGCGUGUGGCGAACCUGGAUGCGACAUUUACAGGUCAGCCAGUUAACGCGGAUAUGAUACAGGAUGGCUGGACCCAAGUGACUGGGAUGAGAGCCGCAUUGGGCCAUGAAGGUGAGGUCAUCGCUGCGGAUGAAGACGAAGAGCAUGUCAAGAACAUGUUGAACCUCGACUAUCCGUGGACGGAACAGAUGCGAGCCCGAGUUGACGCCGAGGUGAAGGACCCGUCAGUCGCCGAGAGGUUGAAAGCGUGGUACCCCGGUUUCUGCAAGCGACCUACCUUCCAUGGCACAUAUCUGUCUCUCUUCAACAGACCAGAAGUGUCGCUUGUUGACACCAAUGGCCGUGGAGUUGAAGCGUAUACCCCAAACGGUGUGAUGGCAAACGGCCAAGAGCAUGAGAUUGACGUUCUCAUUCUCGCCACAGGAUACUCUGUCGGGCUUGUCGACUCCUGCCCUUCGUCGGCUUUGAAUGCUCCGCUGGAGGGACGAGGCGGCCGACCUUUCAAGGAAAAGUGGGAUGGCCCAGACUACGGCAACCUUUACGGUGCCAUGUCAAAUGGGUUUCCCAACCUCUUCUUCGCCUCUGGGAGUGGCGGCUCGGUGUCACAGAAUGCGCACAGCUUCUACAGCCUUCUUACUCGUUUAAUUGCGCACGUAUUGAAAGCGACUUUCCAAGGUGCUGAAGAUGCAAAGAAGGCCACCGUCGAGGUCAAGAAGGCCGCCGAGGAUCACUGGUCAGCAGAAGUUGCGAAACGGGCUCGUUGGUUUGCAGCAUUUCCCAGUUGCACACCGGGUUACCUGACAGGGGAGGGCCUCAUCCAGGACCAGGAAAGUCUUACGGAAGAGAUCAAAGAGCAGAUUGCUAAGCAGUCGUCUUGGGGAGAAGGUAUUCUCAGUUUCCAGAAGGUUGUCGAGGGGUGGAUGGAAGAUGGGAAACUAGAUGGGUUGGUAAUUGACUCUAAAGUCUUGGAAAGUCUCUAA